AGCAGCGCAUUAAACCGGUGAGACGUCCGGUCCGACCACCAACCCGGAAGUGUGAACUGCGAAGUGGAAGCCAGAAAUAUUUUGCCAGCUGGCUAACGUCAACUACAAUGUGGUUUCUAACACUAACACUGCUGAGCCCUGCGUCGCCUUAGUGCCAGAGCCCGCGUCCCCGGGGGCCCGCCGUCAUGGCGCUCAUCGAGGGGGUGGGAGAUGAGGUCACCCUGCUGUUUGGGCUCCUGCUGGUCCUGAUGGUGCUGGUCCUGGCCUGGGCCUCCACCCACACCGCUGAAACCGCAGAGAGCAUCUUCAGCCCCCCCACCGCUGCCAGCGCCAGCUCCUCUCUGGAACAGCACGCCACCCUCGCCGCCAGCACCACCACCACCACCACCACCGUCUCCUCCGACGCCGGCUCACAGACUCUGGCCCCGCCUCCCGGAGAGGAGGGCAAGACGGACGGCGUGGAGGGGGAGAGGAGUGCGGGAGGGGGAAAUGGUGGAGAAGGAGGAGCAGCAGAUGCCGCCGGAGAGGGGGAGGAGGCGGGGGAGGACGGAGGAGAAAGGAGCGCGUUGGGAGACGGGCUGAGGCGCAGAGAGGCGGUCGCCCCACAAGAAACAGGCGGGGGGGGCCAAGGGCAGAGGAACAUGGUGGUCCGCCUGAAGUUCCUCAACGACACGGAGAGGCUGGCCCAAGUUGAGCCCCAGGACACCAUCGGAUACAUCAAACGGACGUACUUCGCGGGCCAGGAGCACCAGGUGCGGCUCAUCUACCAGGGCCAGCUGCUGCAGAACGACGCCCAGGACGCUGGCCUCCCUCAACUGGCCCACAACUGCGUGCUCCACUGCCACAUCUCCCAGCAUGCAGCGCGCAGCACGCCGGUGGGAGCCCCUCCCACCCACCAAGUUCAGGUGGCGCUCAACGUGGGCAGCCUGAUGGUGCCCCUGUUCCUGCUCAUGCUGUCGGUGCUGUGGUACUGCCAGAUCCAGUACCGGCACUUCUUCACCGCGCCCGCCACCGCCUCCCUGGUGGGCGUCACCAUCUUCUUCAGCCUGGUGGCCUUCAGCGUCUACCGCCGCUGAAGGCCACACCCCCUCCCUCCCUAAAAGACACGCCCAUCCCCAUGAAGUCACAUGCCUUCUCCUUCCCUCCUCAAGCCUCGCCCCCUCCCUCAAAACCCCACCCACAUAACAGGCCCCUCCACAUCAAGCUACACCCCUGGCUCCAUGAAGCCACGCCCCCUACCCGCUCUCAACCAAUGCCUCCCGCAAUUCUCUCGCGCUAGCUAGCUAGGCUGCUUUCUACUUUGCUAUAUCUGCAUCUUUGCCUGUUUGCCGUAAUGCAGAAAAACGCACGCAGGAGCGGCUGCGCUAUGACCCAAACCAACUUCCUGUAUCCUGACCUUAGCCCCGCCUCCGCAGCCCCACACCUCUAACCUUGUGGGCCUCUGAGCUCCAGUGAGAAAGACUGCUCCGGCUUGCCGUUAAGAGUCUGUUGCCCCCCCCCCCUUCAUUUGCUACGCUGGACGGUACUCGAGGGGAGACGUCGCCGUGACGACCGAGCUGGAGAGAUUAGCGUUUUUGUUUGGUUUAUUUAGAUGAUUACAGUUGACUCAUGGUGCCUGGUGUCGCUGCCUGUGUCGUCCAGCCCAGACCGGGCUGGCAUGGAGCACAGGAGCAUUUCUGUCUGUCUUUCUGUCCGUCAGUCUGCUCACUAAUUGACGAACACCCACGAACACCCCUCUCCACAACUCCCCUGUCUGUCUCUCUCUCUAUCAUUGAUACUAGGAAAAUCUACAGAGGGACUGUUUGUCUGCCAUUAGGGAAGUGUAAAAUCUUUAGUGUAAAAUAACACUUUUGAGGAAAAAUUAGUUAUAUUAAAUAUUUCUUUUAUUUAUA